UCGACUUACUGUGGUGUCUUCACCGUGGUGAGUCGACUGCUGCCACUGCCGUCAACUCUGCCUGGGCCUCUCCCCAAGCUGGAGUACAGGCGUCGUCAGGAGAGUGCUUGGGGGUUGAUUUAAUUGAUCCCCGCUGGAUCGAGCGCUGCCCGCCGAUCUGGCAGAAGACAUACCCUUAAAGUCCUCUUCUAAAGCCUGUCUCUUUGGUUUUAUUUCCUGAUUAAGGCUUCCUAUCCCUUUCCAGGUUUCUUAGGCAGAUAGUGAGGAUUAGUGCUGAUUGAGGGAGAUGCUGUAAUGGGCUCUGUAGUAAGGCAGCUUUGUAAAUUUUCACUCUCUUGGGGAUGAGUAACUCCACUUUUGGGGGGGCAAGGAACAUGUCACUAGAUUUCUUUUUUAAUAUCAUCCUCUGCUCUGUUGUCUGAGUUGGUAAAUGUUCAUGAUCCUUUUGCAAGACUGCACAGUGUUUAUGUAACUUGUCUUCAAACUUGGAGCUCCUUAUCUUGUUGCUGCUGGCUGUGACCUGUCCAACCCGUGUCCCUGUGAUGCAUAAAUGCCACGGUGUUGCCCCUUAAGCAAAUUAACAUCACAGCCCUCUAUAGACCCCAAAAGAAAAUACUGCUGUAGGAGCAAAAAUGUAUCUAAUGGAUGAAGAUGAUGUUCACAAGUGUGGUCGUUGUCAUUCUGAGUUCACCUCUUUGGAAGAAUUUGUACAACACAAAUUACAAAAGAUCUGUCAACGAACUCAAGAAGCCAUUACUGCCACAUCAACAAGUCUUCCUAGCCAAGAAGUACAAAAGGAGGUUGUUCCUUCUGUUGAGGAGUCCAUAACUGUUGCUCAUAUAGUUGUUGAAGCAUCUUCAAUAGCAGAAGAAAUCAGUAAUGCAUCUUCUAUAGUAGGUAGUGGGCACAUCAAAGAAGUCAUUGUCACAGGAGAACAAGUUUUUGAAAACCCAAAUGGCCAGAUUGAUGGUGAGAUCACUGAAGGGCAGGGCAGUCCCGAUGACAUGGAACAAGAUGGCUCCACAGAGCUGAUCAGGGUUAAGCUGCUGGUUAAUAAAGAAGGUCGAUAUGUGUGUGAGUUAUGCCACAAGACGUUUAAAACAGCCAGUAUCCUUAAAGCUCACAUGAUCACUCAUAGUAGCAGGAAGGACUAUGAAUGUAAAUUAUGUGGAACAUCAUUUAGGACAAAGGGGUCUCUCAUUCGACACCACCGGCGUCACACAGAUGAGCGACCUUACAAAUGCAAGAAGUGUGGGAAAAGCUUCAGGGAAUCAGGAGCUUUGACACGGCAUCUGAAAUCUUUGACACCUUGCACCGAAAAAAUCCGUUUCAACAUGAGCAAAGAAAUAGUUGUUAGCAAAGAUGAAUUGCCAACAGAAUCUUGUAGUUCAAACACAGAGGCUGUCUCACCUAUAGCAAGCGAAUCCAUUGAGACUCCUGUGAUUCACCUAUUAACAGAUGCAAAAGGCAAUGUCCUGCACGAAGUCCAUGUCCAAAUGCAGGAGCUUCCUGUUGUUGAUGCAAAAUCCUUGGAUCAAGAGCCAUCAAAUCCCAAGGAACUACCAUGUGAAUGGGAAGUGAACAAUGAGAAUUUGCUGAGGCAGGCCAUGAGGAAUUCUGGGAUUGUGAUAGAAAAAGUCACUGUGGAGGAGAUGCAAAAAUCAGAUGAACCUGGUGUGGCUGCUACAGAAGAACUAGAAAACGAAGAGAUGGAAGCGGAAGAAGAGCAGUGUGGGGAACAGUGUGUUGAAGUAGAGCAAGUAGAGACUACAGAUACAGAAACAAACGGAUACAAAAGUUAUGUUUGCCCUCACUGUAGUGAAGUCUUCAGUGGGUCUGUUUCCCUUGAAAUACACAUCAAAGGACAUUUAGGUUACAAAGUGUUCAAAUGCGAGGAGUGUGGUAAAGAGUUCAUGAAAGGCUACCUGUUGAAAAAGCACCAGGAAGUGCAUGUCAAUGAGCGGCGCUUCCGUUGUGGUGAGUGUGGCAAACUCUACAAGACCAUCGCGCAUGUGAAGGGACACAAGAGGGUGCACUCAGAUGAGCGGCCAUAUUCCUGUCCAAAGUGUGGCAAGAGAUACAAAACAAAGAAUGCCCAGCAGGUUCAUUUCCGCACUCACUUGGAAGAGAAGCCCUACAUCUGCCAGUUCUGCAACCGGGGCUUUCGGGAGAAGGGCUCGUUGGUUCGUCACAUCCGUCACCACACAGGCGAAAAGCCAUACAAAUGUUACAAGUGUGGACGUGGGUUCGCAGAGCAUGGCACUCUUAACAGGCACUUAAAAACCAAAGGUGGCUGCCUUCUUGCAUUGAAAGAGGUUGAAGAUGUGAUGGUUUCUGAGGAAAGUCAAUCAGCUGACAACUUAGCGGCAACAGUUAUUUCUGAAGAUCCUCAUACUGUUCUAGUAGAAUUUUCUUCAGUGGUGGCAGAUACUCAGGAAUACAUCAUUGAGACUGCUACUGAAGACAUGGAGACCAGUGAAGCUACUGAAAUAAUAGAGGGAACCAGACAUGAGGUUGACAGUCACAUUAUGAAGGUCGUGCAGCAAAUAGUAAAUCAAGCAAACUCUGGCCACCAGAUCAUCGUGCAGAAUGUUACAGUGGCAGAAAACUCUGAAGUAACUACUGACACUGCAGACACUAUCACCAUAGCAACACCAGAAAGUCUUACAGAGCAGGUUGCCAUGACACUGGCUUCGGCAAUUGGCAAAGGAGCCGUACUGACGACAGAGGGUAGCAUUGAGACAGAAGAAGCAACUGUGACAAUGGUUGCAUCAGAGGAUAUUGAAAUAAUGGAGCACGUAGGAGAGUUUGUGAUAGCCUCCCAGGAAGGGGAAGUGGAAGUUCAGACAGUGAUUGUCUAGGGGCCAACACAUAGUGAAUGGCAGACGUUAAAGCAGUGGUGGGCAACCAGCGCCCCAUUAGGGUAAUCCGCUGGCAGGCCGCGAGACAGUUCAUUUACGUUGACUGUCCG